AUGAUACUAUCAACUUUGAAAGUAUAUUCACCUAUAGGUGUUUUAAAUAGAAGAGGUAUUCUCCAAAUACUACGAUUUAAUUCUACGACCCCAUCAUCUUCUACAAAUUUCUCUGCAAAAGAAAUAGAAACAGCAAAGAAAUGGCUUGAAAAUUUCACUCAUACUCAGAUCCCAAGACGUCUAUUCAAUAUCGAUUAUAGUCGAUCAUCUGGCCCAGGAGGUCAAAAGGUCAACAAAACGUCAUCAAAAGCUACUGUAAGUCUUGAAGCUGGAGAAUGGUUGAGUCCACAAAAAUGCUAUUGGAUCCCCAUGCCAAUCCAAGAACAACUCAAAACUAAGAAAAUCAGAUAUGAGACUAAAGAUUCAGGAUUAUUGAUCCAGAGUGAUACGUUUAGAAGCAGAGACAUGAAUGCUGAUGAAUGUUUUAAGAAACUUUUAGGAGAAGUGAAAUCAAAAAUAUAUUUUGCUGGGGAAGUAAGUCAAGAAGAUAAAGAAAAAUGGCAAAAACUAAAAGUUGUUUCUAAAGAACGUAGAUUACUUGACAAAAAGAAACAUUCAGAGAAGAAACAAAAUAGGUCAAAGAAUUUUGAUUUUUAG